CUAUGCGCGUUGCGGCGAGGAGCUGCAGGGAUGUGGCUAGAAUCUUGGAGAGAGAGAGAGCGAGUGAAAACAAAUUAACAGUAAGAAUAUUGUAAUAUGCACAUGAAAACUGCGACGAGGCCUCUUCAUUAAGCAUGUCCAGAAGCACCGCUAUCUUUUAUGCUUCUUCCUAUCGUUACGUCCGAGUAUCGGGCCGAGUGGAAGCCGGAGAGAAAAGUUCGCAAGCAGAACUGUGCCGAGGCACUCCGAACGGGCCCCUUUCUCUUGUAUAAAUAUCAAAUCCGUGUACUAUAAUCUGUAUACAACAUUGUGCAGUUGUAAGGACGAAAAAGCAUUGUAUGGGGAAAGAGAUUAGAGUAAGAUAACAGGAUGCGAGUCCCGGAAUUUACGAUAAGAUAAAUAUAUGAGUGGAUUUGUUUGGAUUCCAUAGGCAUUUAGUAAUGACAGUCCUCUUUCAGUCGUCUCUUAAUCCGGCACUGUUCGCGACAGAGGCGCGGCGGUGCGCAGUAGGUGGCCGGUUGUCGCCCGAGCGAGGAGAAAGGGAGGAACGGUCGCCGUCGCCGUCGCGGCCGCGAUGCUCGUAGAGGGGAACGAGACAGGCAUGCAGAGUUUACGGUGAUUCUUUACCACCGAGCGGACAUGAGCGCGUAUGUGCCAGCACGCACACCGAGAGGAGAUGAGCGUGCAGAACGCUCGCGCGCGCAAGCAUGCAUGCACGGAGUACGGAAAGAUUAAGCGUAUGAUUUUCGAGAUCGAAUCGAGAAUUCGAGUUAAAAACAGCGUCAGGAAAGAUAUUUACGUUAUGGAUGAUUAAUGAUUAAUCUAAUCUAGUUGCUCGAGAUACUUGGAUUCGAAAAUUAAAGGAGAAAGAAAUGUCGGUAGAUUAAGCUUCGGUUGAGGAAAAAAAUCGCCAUUCGAGCAGAAAUAUUAAUAGGUAAGGUUUGCAGUUUCUUGACACCUGGUAUAUACAGAGCCGGCUGAGACUCACAUAAUCGCGCGGAAAGCGUGCGCUAGCAGCACGCGCGAGCACCGUGCGUUAGCAUAUAUAUGUGCAGCAUACAUAUAUGCAUAGCGAACUAGCAAAAUAUACACAAGCGCUCGAGCACGUUCGCUACACACAUAUACAAACGAGAGAAAGAGAGAGAGAGAGAGAGAGAGAGAAUGAGAGUUCUGCACGAGCGGAGCCAGUCUCGUUCUCUCAAGGGCUCCGCCGUUCCGACUCUCGUCCGAUGUUUACGCGACCGUUCGCACUCGUGUGUGUACGUGUGCGCGGACACGAGAUAGAGAGGAAGAGGGAGAGAAAUAAAAAGAGCAAAAGUGCGAGAAGGAGGAGGACCCCUCUGUUCGCGCGUGAGAGCAAAAAGACUCGGCGGAGCGGGAACGCGCGAGAGAAAGAGACUGAGAGGAGGACAGAAACGAGUAGAGCGAGAAACAGAACAAACAUCCACACAGUCAUCAUCCACGAAAGCGCGGCGGGCGAGGAGAAGCGUGCGUGAAAAACGUAUACAUAUAUAUCGCGGAGGCUCUGCCGUUGUCUCGUUAGCGUCUGUGCAUAGAGAGAAAGAGGGGGAGAAAGAGAAUAGGCGGGAAAGAAAGACAGAGACGGAUAGAAAAAUAUUCGCAUCGCAGAUCGCGCGUGUAUUCGCAUCGUCGAAUGGUCCAUUCGCUCGCACGUCAUCCGGAAUCGAGAUCGUCAUCGAUUGCUUCCGCGACGCUGUAAGAAAUAUGCGUGUUCCCGCGAGUGUCUGCUACUCAUCGUCGUCUUCUCGCCUACUCGAUUGCACCGCUGUCGCCGUCGCCACCGCCGGCGCCGCCGCCGCCGCCGCCGCCGUCGCCGCCGCCACCGCCGCCGCCGCCGCCACCACUGCGAUCGAUACGCCAUUGCGUCGCGACGUGCCGACGAGUAAAUCGUUCGUUUGACGAUGCCAACCGUGCUGGUGGUCGUGCUCCAGUGACGCGAUAAUAUUCGCCGGACGUCGGACGUAUCAUCGCCGACAUUCUCGUUGGUAUUUGGCGCGCGCGGUGCGGAGCGGUGGUGCCGCGGCGGCGCGGCGUCCCGAUAGCGAUCAUCGCAGACGCCAGUAGCGACAACGACAACGUACGUGGUGCGCGCGAUAGAGUUCACACGACGACGACGACGUUGUCAACGAGUGCGGGAUAGCAUGUAUCGUACGCGCGACAACAGUGCGUCGUGGUGAAGUGACGGAUAAAGAGAUGAUAAAUAGAAACGUGGGCGCGCGCGCGCGCGCGUGCCUUUCUGUGUGCGUGUGUGUAUGUGUGUAACGAUGAAUAACGUGCAAUGAGUGCGAAAGAUAAAUAGACGGACACAUGUGUCAUUUGGUCGGUUGUGGAUUGCGUUCGAUAAGGCAGGGAGACUUGAGCCCGCUAUGGAUCGUCGGGCCGUCGUAUCCGUGACCGUGCGACUCGAAUCCGUGCUGCUUUCGACGCGCAUCGAAUUCGCGGCUACGAGAACGUCGCGUUGAAACCGCCGUCGUAAGAAGAAGGAGGAGGUGGUGGAGGAGGAGGAGGAGGAGGAGAAGGUGGUGAAGGAGGAGUAGGAGGAAGGUAGUGGCAGGGAGCAAGGAGGGAGUUCGCGACGGAAUCGGAGGGAACUCGUGAGGAGGAGGCUCUCUCUCGUUUCGAGGAGGCUCGACGGAGGACUUGCUGCGUGCGAUCUCCGCGUAACGCGCUUUUCUGCCCCGCGAAAGUGCGAGAGAGGGAGAGCGAGGAGACACGGACAAAGGAGCGAGAGGCGCGGGAGAGACGGACGGAGAGCGGCUUUAUCAUGUGUGUGGAAGUGGUGGCGUCGCGACGGAUCGCGGGUCGCGGCGGUAGCAGCAGUCGCAUCGUUGUCUUCGUCGGCGGUGUAAUGCAACGGCGGGAGGGGCAAACGUAGGGAGGAAGGAAGGACGGACGGACGGACGCGCGCGGACGGGUUAUACGCGUGUAACUCGGUCUCUCGCGCCGGACGGAGAUCGGAGUGAGAGAGAGAACGAGUGAGAAAGUGCGAAAGAGAAAGAGAGAGUGAGUGAGAAAGAGAAGUGCGGAGCAGCAGCGCGCGGAUUAGGAAGAAGCUCGCGCGGUGAGAUGGACCCGGGUCUGUCUCGCGAUUCGGAACGUCGAUCCGCGAGCAAACGCGGAGAAUGUGGUGCGACGACGAGAAUCAUCGCGACGGCGACGACAACGACGACACACUGGGCUCGAGUGACAUGGAAGUGGGAUCGCGAGGCAGUCGAGUCGCUGUGCCAGUUGUUCUAGUGCUCGAUUCCCGCUGCCACGGCGUGUUCCGCGACGUGAAAUAGAGAAACGCUCGUUGCAGACAGUUGUGGGAUACAAUACGGAGUAUCGUAUCGUAUAAUAACGCGAUAUAUCGAUAUACGAAUGUGACAAACUCGUCGAUUUUUUUUUGUUUUUCGUGUGUGUGAGCGCAGCGACGAGAGCCGUACACGUUUAAGAGCACGACCGGCGGCGAGCGUCUUCGCGUUCGCUUCUCUUCGCUUCUCUUCUCUUCGCUUCUCUUCGCCGCGUUAUCCUCUUCCACGCGGAGGAAAGGCACACACUUCUCUCGGAAACCGAGAAAGAACGCUCACAACACGCGGCGCAGCAAUAAUGGAGACACUACUGCCGGGCAACACCACCGCCAGUCAGUCGUACAGUCCGCAGUUGAAAACCGUGCUCAAGACCUAUCAGCUGUCAGCCGUGAAGAGUCUGCAGGGUCCUAGCUCGGCCCUGCUGGGCAUGGACUGUAAAGCGCUGCUGCGCGAACAAUCGGCGAUCUCGUGCUUCUCGCCACCCGCCAGUCGUCCGGCGGCCAAUUGCGGCCUGGAAUCGCCUGGGGAGCAGGCGCCGAAGGACAUCGUCGAGAAGGAGGGUCGCGAGACGCGCCCGGUGACGCCCGUGAUCAAGGCGCCGCGAUCGUUGGAGGAUUCGGACGAGGAUCAUCCCUCGGCGGUGGAUCGUCUGAAGAGCGUCGAGAAGCGCGAGCUCGAGUUCCAGAUACCGAUAUUAACGGCGCCCGAUCAAAACUGCUCCGAGCGAUGCGAGACGAUCCUCGAAGGCGAGAGGAUAUCGUGCUUCGUGGUGGGCGGUGAGAGGAGGUUAUGUUUACCGCAGAUAUUGAACACGGUGCUGCAGGACUUUUCUCUGCAACAAAUCAACCAGGUGUGCGACGAGCUGCAGAUCUACUGCUCGCGCUGCACCGGUGAUCAGCUCGAAGGACUCAAGCAGUCCGGAAUCCUGCCGCACAAUGCGCCAUCCUGUGGUCUUAUCACCCAAACCGACGCCGAGAGGCUCGUUAGUGCUUUGCUAUUACGGACAGAAUCCUGCGAUCCUUCUCAAAUCGGCCAGACGCAAGAUUGUCUCGAAAAGAAAGUGUGUGGCAAGAACGACGACGAGGAGGAAACGAUCGCCAAGUUCAAAGUGUAUCACGAGUGCUUCGGUAAGUGUAAAGGCGUUUUCGACGCGGAUCUGUUCGAAACGGACGAUUCGGUAUGCAUCGAGUGCCAGGAGUGCAACUAUCAGUUCUCUCCCCAACGUUUUGUGAGACACGCUCACAGAUCUCUGGAAAAUCGUACCUGUCACUGGGGUUUCGACUCGGCAAACUGGCGGUCGUAUCUGCUGCUCUGCCGUGAUCAACCGCACUACAACAAAGCGCUCAUCCUUUUCCGAGAGCUGAAGGACAGGCAUUUUGUGCUAAACUCCAAGCGAAAGCUGGAGCUACGACAUGAAUACGAAAGGUUAACCAAACGCACAAAGAAGGACGUAGGGAAGAACGAUUGCGCUGGAAUCUACAAUGGCAACGGACUAGGCAUAUAUCAUCCUGUGUCCCAAAUGCAAGCAGCUGAUCCUUACUUCCAGAUGCAGUGGACAUUAUUCGAGCUCGCUGCCAGAGGCGCAUCCGCAUUUCGGCCUUGGAACUCGACGAGCAAUUGCAAGCACAGGGACAAUUCAACAUUGGUGCCUGCGUUUCUUAGUCGAGGUCCGCCUGUACUGCAACAUCCUGAACGUGUUAUCCCGCUUUCGGAGUGCGAGCGUUUCGAGCCGCAUUUCCAACCCAACGUGGCACUGGCGCCUAUACCGACGCCCACUCAGAUAGCUCAGAUACCGCCGCCUUCUUCCGUUCAUCAGCAACGACGGCAUCAUCACGAGCAUCGCCGUCACAAUCAUCGCUCGUCGAGUCCUACGAGCGAGAAGCAAGAGUUGCUGUCGCCAGUCAGUAUCAAACUCGAAAAAACAUCGCCGACUCAAGCGGCCACUGCAGCUUCUUAUCCUCUAUAUUACGUGUCUGAUGAAAAUCAGAAGGAAUCGACGCCACCGAAGGAUAGGAAGGAGAAGGACGGUGAGGAGGAAGAGAGCAGCACGGCUGUGACAUCGUCCACGGUGAGCGUGGAACCUCCACUGCUGGCGGCUUCCUCCGAGGUCGGCACUUCCUCGCCAUCGGAAAGCGACUCUGACACGGACGGUAGUGCGGCGGCGGAUCUGGAAGAGCGACUGAGAGCGUUGGACGUGCCGCAGGACGUGAUAGAGCUAGCGCGUCGCGUGGCGUCGGAGAAUGCGCAACUACGGCGUCAUCGGCGGUCGGACGCGCGCGAAAUUUCGAAGCUGCGCAGUCAGCUGCACAUGCAGAAGUUACAACAGGAACAAUCCAUCGGUGUCGACGUCGCCAAUGAGGAUGAACAAGAUAAAAAAGAGGACGUGGCAUUGACGGCGGCGACAGCGCCGCGUGCCAGUGCAGCCGAUAGCACCGAGGGCGACAACGAGGAGACCGACGCCGCGAGUCUACCAUCGAACAAUAAAGAGUCUGAGCCCGCCAACGUGCUAACGACUAAUAACGAGUCGGAUCAGUGACUAGGAUAACACGGAAGUUAAUUUAACACACAUACACACAACUGCUCAGCGAUUACCGCGACGACGCUCAUCCGUUGGCCGAAUAAGCGUGCACUGAAAUUAGUACAUUAGGUUUAUGUGAUACGCGACGAGCCUUUAAAUAUUAUCGCAGUUAAUUCGAAGUUUUUAACUAAGUAAGUAAGCCACGUGCUAUCCAACUCAAAACAUCGGACUGGAGGAGGAGUCAUCGCGGAAAGAAGCGCUUCGCGAAAUUCACACUGACCAAUCGAUCACUGUCAGCGAACAUACUUUGCCUUCCAUGUUUGUCGAUAAUCACGCGUGAUACAUCCACUUCCUGUUUGCAGUCUAGCGUUUCGUGGAUAACGAAGAUAGGCGUUUUUUUCCGAAUGAAUUUUGAGUUGUCGAGUUCUACAGUCUCGCGAAGAAAGACGUGUCGUUUCGUUAACAUUUCGUCUCGCGAUCGCGUGGAUAAUGUUAGCGGAUUUGAUAGGGUGAUACUCCCGUUGGGAGAUGUGGCAAACCGAUGCCACGAGUUGGACAGCCACGUCAAGUAUACUUGUAUCGGUCGAUUUUUUAAUGAAAAUCGAAUGUAGAUAUUGUAUUAUAUAUGAAACGGGGGAGUAUAGAAUUUAAGAGAUUAUACCGCGCCAAUAAAACGAUUACAUUUAGUGCGAUAUUGCGAUAAGACGUUUCGCGUAUAUUAAAUAUAUGCGAAGUGUAAAGAUUUUUACGGUCAUUAUUUUGAUCCCUGAAUAUGAACGAUGAGAAAAUAAAGAGAGAGAAGAAAAGAAUGAGUGAAUGAAUGAAAGAAAGAAAGUUUAUAGUGAGAAUGAAUUGAAAUUGCUUUCCAUUCACAUCUUGGUAGUCAUGAUCGCAUGAUGUAAAUAUAUUGUGGCAUCAUAAAUGUAUGUUUAUAAUUAAUUACACUAUCAUGACGAAAUAAUACUAAAGUACAAAAAAACCUAGGUGCUAUAUUGUUAUUCUAGGUAUGCUGUAAGCAUAAACCUAGGUGUGUUCCAGCAGCUCGUACUACAUUGUAAUACCCAGGACGUUAUAUACACGUUCCGAACCGAAUCGCCACGGUUACAAUCUUGUGAUUAAUGCGUAUGAGUGGGAUCUGCUUUUUUAUUUUAUGAAAAAGCUCGGUCCAUGCCUAAUGAGAAGGAAACAAAUUCGCGUAUCUAAAAGUUAUUUAUUUGAUUCAUACAGUAGGACCAUAAUUCGAAUCAUUGUUGAUAAUAACAUAUUCGAUCGUUCUUACAUUUCCAAUCAUUUUAUGUGAUUAUCAAGUUUGUUUAAUUUAUUAAUGAUGAAUUUUGUGAUUUUCAUAAUAGGUCACUUAUAAAAUGGAUCGUCGACGAUCUGGUUGUUUCUCUUUUCCGCCCCAAAAAACGCUCUACAUUUUUUUUUUUUCUUUCUAUUUUUCCUUUUAAUUUGUGUGCUUUUUGAAAAUCGCGAUUGAAAGCGCAAUGGAAAGUUUAUUGUAUGUGUGGACACGUACUGUAUAUAAUUUCUGUUGAUUACAAUAUAUAUUUUGUUAUUAAUAUAUAAUAUUUUUACUAAGAUCCGCAGCUGAGGAACUUAUA